GGUUGCAAACGCAAAACUUAACAAUUUUUCUCGCCUGGAGCCCACGCUUCACCUCCUUGGUGUACAGUUUAACGAGAAUGUGGCCCAAGACAUCAUGACAGGACAACAUGGGGCUGCAGCAAAGCUUUUAUAUGAAUUGUAUAUUGCUUUAGAAAAAAAGAGAAAGGCAAAGCUCACUGGAGUAGCCAUGGAAGCAAUGAGACCUGCAGCAACUGCAAAGCUUAAGUCUAUUGAAAGUAUGUUGAAUAUUCAGCAUCGCAUAGGAAGAAGGAGACAAAAUGAAAUAAUGGCCAGGAUUCAAGCAGCCAUUAUACAGAUUCCAAAGCCACCACCAAGCCACACCAUAAAAGCUACUGAAGCCAAAAAAUUCUUAAAGAAGAAAAGAGAAGCAGAGGACACAUACAAGGAGAUUAAAAAGUUUGAGAAGUCUGUGGCAGGAAAUGCCUCUGCAGUACAUAGGCAAGUCACUGACAGCGAUAUACAAGAAUCAUUGCAAACACAGAAGUUGCAAGAAACAACUCUAGAAACAACUCUAGAAACUACAGCACAGACAGCAACUGAGCUGUUAAAUAUUUAUUCAGAUGAUGAAUAUAUAAGGAAAAUUCAAAAACGUUUAGAAGAAGAUACAUUGGCUAGACAACAACGAGAAAAGAGACGACGAAAAAUGCUAAUGGAACAGUUAAUAGCACAUGAAGCUGAAGAGGAGGCUUACCGGGAGGAGCAACUUAUUUACAGACUAAUGAGACAAUCUCAGCAGGAGCGAAGGAUUGCUGUUCAACUCAUGCAUGUUCGACAUGAAAAAGAGGUGUUAAGGCAAAACAGAAUUUUCAGGGAAAAACAAUAUGAAGAAAGACGACUGAAAGAGUUCCAAGAAGCUCUUGAUAGAGAAGCGGCUCUUGCAAAACAAGAAAAGAUUGAUUAUGAAGAACUGAUUAUCAAAGAAAGAGAACGUCAUGAGAAAAUUGCUGUUGAAAGAGCUCAGGCACGUUAUAAAAAGCAUUAUUCUGUAUGUUGGGAAGUGAUCAACCAAAUCAUUGAUUUGUCAACAAAAGUAGGAGAAUAUCGUCUACUGACAAACAACAGAAUUCCAUUAAAACUGGUGCUUGACUGGAAGGAAUUUUUUUUUAAUGGAAAACCAAUGUAUGAACAAGCCUCAAUUCAACCUUUGCCAAAUGAACCAAGCCCAGAACAACUUGUAGAGCUGAAUAAAAUGAAUCUGUUAGAUGAAAAAGAUUAUGGUGAAUACAAGAGUAUGACAGGGGAAUGGUGCCCAACUGAAGAGAACAGUAAAAACAAACCUCCUCUUAAUAAUAACGUAUUGGGUCAUGUGCUUCGUAGACUGAUGGAGAUUUUCUAUCCUCCAAAACCCAAAUCUUCACCACCUGUAUUUCCUCCAUUUCCUGUCAAGGGAUGUAUUUUGGGAAAAAUUUUUAGUGGAAAAACUACCUGUGUAAAGUUUAUUGAAAAAGUUUGCAAUAUUCAGGUACUAUCUGUUGAUACACUGGUUCAGGAGGCCAUCCAAGCUUUUCUUAAAAAUGAAAUGAAAAGUGAACACAAUGUGAUUCCACAAGAAGCAGAGAGUUCUGGGGAACAAAAUGAGGUCCAGAAGAACUUAUCAAAAUCACCACUGAAAGUUCUAAAGAAACUCCAAACAGAAACACCUAUCAAACCUGUUUUAGGCAAUUGUCCUGUCAAAAAGGAUCCAUCUGGGCAAGAAUUUAAAUCAGAUAACAGUCAAGGUGGCCUAUCCGAGCUAUCUGUCCGUGCCCAGCUUGGCGCCGCAUCACAGAAAUUGUUGAAGAAAGGAAAAAGUAUUCCUGAUGAAUUACUAAUUGACAUCCUAUUGGAAGCCAUUAACCAAACACCACCAGAGAAGGGGUGGAUUGUGGAUGGGUUUCCAAUGACAAUUAAUCAGGCAAAGCUAUUUGAAAAAGCCUAUACAGGGAUUGAUCCAGAAGCAAAAGAUGCGAAUUCUGGAAAGCUCUCACUUGUUACAGAUCCCAGAGCCCCUAACAAGCCUCCUGUUACCUCACCUGCAUUUGAUGUUUCUGUAUUAUUGGAUAUUUCAGACAGUGUGGUACUGAAACGUGUGGCUAACUUGAAGUCAGAUAAAUCAAAGUCAUCUCAAACUGAACAGGAGAACAACAAUCAAAAUUCAGAUGCUGAAAUCCUAGAAGAGAAGAUUGACUUAGCCAGGGAUCAGGUGCUACAUAGAAUUUCAGGUUUUCUAGACACAUGGCCAAAAUUAGAGAAAUGGUUUUCAGUCCAUCAAAAUAUUCUAGUGAAAGUCAAUGCAGAGACAGAAGAAAGUCUCCUGUGUGAAACAGUUAAGGAAAUUAUAAUGGAAGAAAUUGCCAAAAAACAGAAUAGAAGGUCUGCUCAAGAAAUAUCACCAGAUAUUUCUGGUGAUAAAAAGCUUUUACCAGUUACACGUCAAGAUUUGCUUCCUCCCAUUCCUGUGGCACCACCACCAAUUGAACCAGGAUCAGAGGAAUGGAUUUAUGUAGAUGAACCACUUCCCAAGGAGAUAUCUGGCUUUUUAGUACCUUACUGGGAAAUGGUAGAAAACGCAUAUAUGAAUACCAUCAAAACUAUACUUAGAUGUCUAAGGGAUGAACAGCACUCUGUGAUUUAUUACUUAGCAGACGUUAGAAAAAAAUUCCAAGAUUAUUUGAAGCGUCCAGAUCUCAAGCAGGAGUUUGUAUCUCAGUGGCAAUCAGAUUUUAAUUCAAUUGCUGAUGACCUACGAGAAGAUGAGGAAACAAAAGCAGAACUACACCAAAGAGUUACUGACCUAAGAGAUCUUCUCUGGGAUAUCUGUGAUAACAGAAGGGAAGAAGCAGAGCAGGAACGUACUGAUAUCAUGAAUGAUGGCUGGUUACCAGAUCAUAGGGGGAUUGCAAUGAACCAUUUCUUUUCACUUAUGCAGGUUGAAGUGGAUCGUUUCCAAGAUACAAAGAGACUUCUUCAUGAUUAUUAUAGGGCAAUGGAAGGAAAAAUCCCAACGGAUGACAGUCAAGAUUUUACUAGAAUCCCAUUGUUAGAUAUUAUUGAUGUAAAGCAGAAAGAAGAUCAAAACAAAUCAAGAAGGAUUCCUCUAGUUUCUUGGAAACUGCCUUCACCAGAAAUAAAUACUACGAAGUCAAAAAGCAAGGGAACUCUACAGAAGAGUGCUAAGGAUGAGAAUUCUGAAAAUGGAGCAGACACUUUUGGGAAAGAUGAAAAUCUUAUUACUGAUACAUGGCAAACAGCAGUAAUAGCAGUAUCAAAUAUGGUAACAGCUGAAAUACAGUCUAAAGAAAUGGAGGAAGAAAAAGAACCUCAGCAGCUAGAACUGAAAGAAGAUCUGAAAUCUUCACAGACACUGUCAGGCAAAGCUACUGGGAAAGAUGCCAAAGAUGCCAAAAAGCUUUCUCCCAAAUCAGCUACUAAAAAGAAAGGACCACCUUCUACUGCAUCUGUGGCUGAAGUUAGUCCAGUUCCUAUAACCCUAGAAGAAUUAAAGAAACGAGAAGUGACACUUAAAAUAAAGCAAGAAUAUUUCAGUGCCUUGAAACAUGAGGAAGUAACUACAAAAUCUCGACUAGAACUUAUAAAAGAAAAAGCUUUAGCAUUUGUUGAAGAGCUAACAAUGAAAGCAGAAGAGGCUUAUAAAGAUAUGGAAAAGUGGCUUGGAUCCAGGUUCCUGGCAGAAAUGUCCAGUGUUGAAAAGCUGAUAGAGGUUGCACGACAUCAUAUUGAGAGUUCUAGCAAAAUCCAAUAUGAAAUUACUUUAGAAGAAACAGAUUUCUUCAUCAGCAGUGAUGUAAAAGUGAUUCCUGACCCUGUUCCUUCACCACAUGUUCCACACAUAGAGACCUCUGGAAGUGGUACUCUAACUAUUUCACAACUUACUACACUUCAUAAGCAGUUUCUACAGGUGGCACCUAAAGGUUUUAUACAAAAGAAAGUAUUUAUUGACAUUUUUAUUGACUUGAUUAAUUUGGAUCUUGGAACAAAUUGCCUUCCUGAUGCAUGGAUGAACUUAAUGCUUCCAGAUCUACAAAAUCUGGCAUCUGCAUUCACAGUGAACUCAGAACUUACUGACUGGCGCAGAUUCUUGCUAGCAGCAGCACAGCCUUGGCCAGUGCCAUCUGUGGCACAACUUCUCAAAACGCUACAUAGCUUCAAGUCUGUUGAUGUAGCUGGAUCAGGCUUUGUUACACAGGAAUACUAUAUGCAGGUUGGCUUAUGGUUUAAAGGAAAUGAAGAUCUAAGCGUAACAAAAAGUUGCACAGAACCUUUGCCUUUAGAUAGGCUAAGACAUCUCAUAAAGUUUUUCUUCCAUUUAUUUGCUGAUACCAGAAAAGAUCCUCCUCUGCUCAACUACACUGACAUGCUACUUUAUUUUGCCUCCCACUCUGAUCCAGUUGAAGGUGUUUACAGAGCACUUAGCAUUGCAACUGGAACAUAUAUUCAUAGAAAAGAAGUGGCUUCGCUUCCAUAUGCGGCUUUUCCUUAUACCAACAUAGUGCCAAAUGAGAACACUUUAAUAGAAGAUGAAAAAGAAGUCUUGGAUUACAAGGGUGAAGGAAUAAUUUCAGUGGCAACUCUACUCAAAGUGUUUCACACUGGAGGAAGUAAAGGUGAAGAUAAUCAUAGAUACAGUAAUCUGGAGAAGGAAGGCUGCUAUGAUAAGUUAAAGCAUUUCAUCAAAAUAUACAAAGAAUUAGGCACUGAAGAUCUGACACCCAUUCCAGUUGCACUCCUUUUGAAGCAUCCUUUCAUUCAAGACUUGAUCAACAGGUAUCAAGAAUACAAGCUCCCUGAUAUUAAAAUCUUUCUCCAAAGAUCUGAACAAGCACAAUCAACUGAUGGAAAAAACACCACGUGUAAAGACAUCGAUGUGUGA